AUGGAGAUGACGCCUUGUCCCAUGCAAGUGGGAGGAGAAGGGCACGUCGUGGAAAUCGACGAGACUUCACUGAAAAAGAAGUCGAAGUACAACCGGGGCAAGCACUACCCCGACGUGUGGUUGUUCGGUGGGGUCGAUAAGACCACCAACAAGCGGUUCGGGAUCCUGACCUACAGCAACCGAACGAAACCUGUGCUGACGACGAUCAUCAAGCAGUACAUCAAGCCGGGAACCACGAUCAUGUCCGACCAGUACGCGUCGUACGUCUCGGUGAACCAGAAGCACACGCUUGCCAACUACAAGCCGCUGCAACUACGUACCGGCGCCCACACGAACCGAAUUGAGGGCACGUGGGAGAUCCGGAUCAAGCAGCACAUCAAGCGCAUGCGCCGCAUGUCGGUGAACAUGAUUCCGGAGUACCUCGAUGAGUACCUGUGGCGCUCGUGGUUCCUGCCGGAGAAGGCGACGCCGACCGACUCGCGGCGAGGUCUCAUCAAGGCCAUCAGGAAGUACGCGUGA